AUGAAUGCGAAUCGAGGCGCCAAAAUAGUCCUGCACUGGCUGGAAAAAUCCCGCGCACAGCGCAUCAUGUGGCUCAUGGAGGAACUGAAUCUCUCCUACGACAUCAAGACCUACAAACGCGGUCCCAACGGCAUCGCUCCCCCCGAGCUCAAACAGAUCCAUCCGCUGGGAAAAUCGCCCAUCGUAUCGAUCCAACCCCCGGAUGCCCCCCAGCCCACAGUCCUAGUCGAAUCGGGUGCUAUCAUCGAGUACUUCCUCGAUCAUUUCGGCGGCCCCAACACGCGACUCAUUCCUGAGCGAUAUCAGCCCGGUCGCGAGGGCCAGUUAGGCGGUGAGACUGAGUCCUGGAUGCGCUAUCGAUACUACAUGCACUACGCUGAGGGAAGUCUCAUGUCGCCGAUCCAGGUACAGCUGAUCAUGAAUGCUAUCAAAAACGCCCCCGUCCCCUUCUUCAUCAAACCAAUCACCGGGUUCAUCACUGGAAAAGUUAGCGCCGAGUUCCUGGAUCAAGAACUUCGCACCCAUUUCCGCUUCCUGGAGGACCAGCUGGCAUCGGCCCCUGAGGAAGGGCCGUUUCUAUGCGGCUCGCAGCUGACCGCGGCGGAUAUCCAGAUGAGCAUCCCCGUUAUUGCGGCACUUAAUCUGUCGAUCGUUCCGCGUAGGGAGUAUCCGCGGCUGGAUGCUUAUGCUGCGCAGAUACAGAACUCAUCGGGUUACCGGCGGGCUGUGGAGAAGGUGGAGAGCAUUGAAGGGAAGCCUUUUGUGCCAAUUUAG